AUGGCGAUCAAUAAGUCUGAAAAUGAUAACCCACUGUUUCUCCUAGAUGGACAAGUCUCAAACAAACUACUGCCAUCAAACGAACGAAGCAUCUAUAUUGCGAUUAUGGGAAUGACAGGCGCUGGAAAAAGCACCUUCAUCUCGCAUUGUACGGACACGAAAGUUGCCAUAAGUGAUCCCGGCGCUCUGCAAUCUUGUACACAGGAGGUUCAAGUUUAUCGAUGUAAACCCUUCACUCCGCACGUAAACGUCUAUCUUGUUGAUACCCCGGGCUUUGAUGAUACGAAUCGUAAAGAUACAGACAUUCUCAAAGAGAUUGCUUUUUGGUUGACAACAACUUAUAAAGAGGACAUUCGCUUGAGUGGUAUUUUAUACCUUCAUCGUAUCUCCGACAAUCGAAUGGGUGGAUGUGCACACAGAAAUCUUAUCAUGUUCAAAAGGCUUUGUGGCCCCGAAGGGAUCAAGAACGUAAUAUUUCUCACCACCUUUUGGGAAAAGGUAGAUAAGGUCGAUGGCGACAACCGUGAGAAAACCCUGAAGACUACGGACGAUUUCUGGGGAUAUUUUGUCGAAAGGGGCGCCCGAGUCCAGAGACAUUGGAACACUGAUGACUCUGCAAUGGCCGCCAUAAAGAACUUUACACCUUCUGAUACAAUCAAGCCACCCAAGGAGAUUAAAUUGGCCAUUCAGACGGAGAUGGUUGAUUCACACAAAGAUCUAGAUCAAACCUCUGCCGGUCAGGAGCUACAGAGCGAAUUGCAGAAGGAACAAGAAAAGAUGCAAAAGGAGUUCAACGAGCGAGCCCGGGAGAUUCAAGAGGAAAAGGACCACGAGAUGCGCGAACUUCUCCGGGAAGACCAAGAGAGACAAGCUAAAGAGCUUCGACGCAGAGACUCAGAGAUCCAGGAGCUCAAGAUUAGCAUGGAGAGGAUGCACGAAAAGAAGACCCGACAAUUAGAGGAGCGAUUGCUGGAGCAGCAGAAUGAAAAUCGCAGGCAUCGUGAAGAAAUGGUGCAAAUCAUGCGGCAAUACCGAGAGGAUCUCCAAGAGACACAAGGCCAGCGUAACCAAGCUGUUGAGAAUUUAAGUCAGGAAAUUAGAGACUUGAAAAAAUCCAGCACGCAAUACCGAGAGAAUAUCCAAGAGAUACAAGGCCAACGCAACCAAGUUGUUGAGGAUUUGAGUCGGGAAAUUAGAGGCUUGAGAACAUCCAACAUGCAAUGUCAAGAUUGCUAUGAGACCUUCACGUCCAUCAGUGAGCUGUUCGACCACAUACAAACCAAACACAACCAGAAUCAACAACCGGAAAGGCAAUAUUGCCUAAUUCAUCAGGACGCGAAUAACGAAGAGUGGUCUGAGGAACAGGAUAGUGCUUGGUGUAAUUGCUCUAUAUGCCAGGGAAAGGCGAAUGCGACAGCAACAGCAUCAAGCCGCAAUUGUAGUCAUCACGACGUGGAUCCAUACCUCACAUGUCUAACAUGCAAGAUGGAAUUCUUAUAUAGGGACCAUCUGUUCGAGCACCUUGAAGAAUUCCAACAUGGCCGAGAUCUCGUCACAGGGAAGCCUGAGAAAUAUGCCAGACCUGCCGAAUAUCAAAUCCCAGAAAUCGACCCAUGGCUGACCUGCCUAACAUGCGAGGAGUAUUUCUCAGAUAGGAACGAUCUGUUUGAGCAUCUUGCAGAAUUCCAACACGGUCGGGAUCUCGUCACGGGGAAACCUGAGAGAUUGGUCAGAUAUUAA